AUGAGUCGUACCAAUUAUGGAGGACCCAAGCUGCCUCGUACAUUGCUAGACCAAGUGGAAGGUGGACGAGUAUCGAAAGGAAGAAACCAGCUUUCUCGAAAAGACAGGCGGAAAGCCGAGCGCAUAAGCAGCAAGCAACGCCCAUCACGAGCACGCGCGUCACAAGAUUAUGCUCAGAGAGAAACCGAGCCAGACAGCGAGUACGAUGAAGCUUCGCCAUCUCCUCCGCCGGCGCAGCGUACGAAGUCGAUAUUGAAGAAAGAAAGAUCGCGCAAAUCACCCACCCCCGAUCCUGAAGAAGCGCCGAGACCACCUGUGGUGUCCAAGGCUGUGAAGGCCAGAUUGGAAGACGACGAUGCAGAGAUAGCGGCGCUGGAGAAGAGACUUGGAUUCAAGGGGAAAAAGAAGAGAAGGACAGGCGAUGACGAGCUAGAUUGGCUGGUCUAUGGGUCAGACGGCGAAGAGGAGGCCUCUGCCAAACGUAAAAGACCAGAAGACGAUGACUGGCUGCGAAAUAAGAGGCGAAAGGGCACGGGCGCGGGUAUCGAUCUGUCGGAAGAAGAGUAUGAUCAUGAAGAUGAAGACGAAGACGAUGCCAUUGAUGAGCUUGACGACCCUCUCUCCGAGGAUGAGGUGUCGGGAAAGGAAGAUUUCGAAGGAUUUGAUGAUGAAGAUGCCGGUGAUAUUGAAGACGAAGAACACGUCGCGGAAGCAGCAAUGCCCCCGCCGAAGAAGCCGAGAGAGAACCCAUACAUUGCGCCUAUCGCGCCGUCAAGCGGCACCGCCAAAUACGUUCCCCCUUCGCUUCGCAAGGCAGCUGAGUCUGACGCAGAGGUACUCGGGCAGCUGAGAAGACAGCUUCAGGGCCUACUCAACCGACUGUCAGAGUCCAAUAUCAUCUCGAUCCUCACCUCAGUCCAAGAGAUUUAUGCUAAGAACGCUCGCCAGCAUGUCACGUCAACUCUUAUCGAUCUACUGAAAGGACUCGUAUCAGAUCCAGCGGCUCUGAACGAUACCUUUCUGAUCCUUCACGCCGGGUUCAGCGCAGCCCUGUACCGUGUGUUGGGCCCUGAUUUUGGUGCCCAGCUCCUCGAGAGCAUUGUACAGGCGUUUGAUGACUUUCACAGCUCCAACUCGGGAGGGAAACAAACUGUGAAUCUUGUCUCUUUCUUAUCGGAUUUGUACAUUUUGAGUGCGAUAGGAUGCGAGAUCAUCUUCGACUACAUCAAGAUUUUGCUGGAUAAGGAAAACUUCAGCGAGUCGAACACCGAGCUGUUGCUGCGUAUCAUACGUCGAGCUGGGACACAGCUACGCAAGGACGACCCAACUGCGCUUAAGGACAUUGUACUUCUUCUGCAAAGAACCAUCUCUGCUGUCGGCGAGCCUAAUAUCUCUGUCAGGACGAAGUUUAUGGUUGAGACGAUUCACGACCUGAAGAAUAAUCGCAUGAAGACGGGUGUCGCGGCCUCGAAUAUCUUUUCUGAGCACAUGCAACAGAUGAAGAAGACCUUGGGAUCUUUGAAAUCGACGAAGACCACGGAGGCCAUGCACAUUUCCUUGUCAGAUAUUCGGGAGAGCGAGAAAAAAGGCAAAUGGUGGCUCGUGGGCGCAAGCUAUCGUGAUCCAGCAAAGAUGGCGUCAAACAUUACAGUGAAGUCGGACAAUACAGUCACAACUAAGGCAGAUGCAACCCAAGACGACGAACACUCGGACGCUGGAUCGGACUCGCCAAACCUUGACAAGAUCGCGCGGGAGCAAGGUAUGAAUACUGACAUCCGGAGGGUCAUCUUCAUCUCCGUCGCCGGUGCUGUGGAUGCCCAGCAUGCCUUCAUUCGCGUUCAAAAGUUGAAUCUUAAGAACAAACAACGUCUCGAAAUUCCAAGAGUUCUGCUUCACUGUGUUGGCGCCGAACCGGAAUACAACCACUACUACUCCCUUGUUGCGACACACUUCUGUGGCGACCACAAACUCCGCAAAGCCUGGCAAUUUUCUCUUGUCGAUCUGUUUCGCAGGGUGGGCGAGGCAGCUGCUGGUGCAAAUGGAGACGAGGAAGAAAGCGGAGAUAUUCAGGUACGACAGGUCUACAAUAUUGCGAAACUCUACGCUGCCCUCGUAAGCGAGGACCUCCUGCGAAUCACUUUGCUCAAGCCACUGGAUUUCUCGGACUUGCAGCCCAAGACCAAAAUCUUUGUGCAGGUAUUCCUCUCCACAAUUUUCAUCUCGCUUCGGAAGAAGGCACAUAAAGAAGGAUACGAAAACGCCGUCAAAGAGGCUUAUCUGCAUGUCCACUCGGUGCCAGAGAUGAUAUCGGGCUUGAAAUACUUCACUAGUACUGUUCUCUCUGCUGCCGAACUAGCGCAGAACAAGAAGGAGAAGAGGAUCAUCCAGCUGGGCUGUGAUUUCGCUCUUGAGGCAAUGUCAGCAGCACCGCCGCAAAGCAAUCUCACUUUGGAGGACGACCUGGACCCCAGCUCGGACUAG